AUGGCCUGCGCGGCCUGCCUCCACUACUUCCACGAGGAUCGCUGUGUGCCCGACUGUCCCCCGGGCACUUACAAAUUUGAAGGCUGGCGCUGCAUCUCCAUGGAGCUGUGCUCCCAGGUGCACCUGCCCCAUGAUACACACUUUGUCAUCCACGGUGGGGAAUGUAUGCCCGACUGUCCCUCUGGUUUCACGCGCAACGACACUAAUCGCAUGCUGUGCAGCGCUUGCAACGGCCUUUGCGACAAGAUCUGCUCAUCUGUUGUCAUCGACUCUGUGGAUGCUGCCCAGUCACUGAAGGACUGCACUGUCAUCGAUGGCUAUCUGGACAUCAACAUUCGACGUGGAAAUAAUAUUGCCUCUGAGCUGGAGAACUUCAUGGGAUUGAUUCAGAAAGUGACGGGCUAUGUGAAGAUUCGACACUCCCACGCACUUGGCUCCCUGUCCUUCCUCAAGAGUCUUCGCUACAUCAAUGGGCAGGAACUAAUCGACAAGUAUGACUGUCUGCUCUUUUCUGAAUGUAUGGAUGCAUGUGUGCACAUGUAUGCAUUCUCAGCUGUCAACAAUCAAAAUCUGCAAUUCUUAUGGGACUGGAGUCAACACAACCUUACCAUUCGGAACGGCCGUCUCUUUUUCCGAGGGAACCCCAAACUUUGUAUGUCUGAGAUCCACACGAUGUGGGAAAAGACGGGCAUAGCUGAGAAGCCAGAGUUGGGUGAUUUCCGCAACAAUGGUGACAGAGCUAGCUGUGAAAGUCAUAUCUUAAUGUUCAAGUCAAACAUCACAACAAGUCAUUCAAUUGAUCUGACAUGGGAGCGCUACAAGGUCCCAGACAAUGAAACCCAGAACCUUAUCAGCUUCACAGUCUACUACAAGGAGUCACCUUUCCAGAACAUCACAGAGUUUGAUGGUCAGGAUGGUUGUGGUUUAAAUAGUUGGCAUUUGGUGGAUGUUGAUCUUCCUCCGGAUGAAAACGCUGACCCAACCAUUUCUCUUCAACAACUGAAGCCGUGGACUCAGUAUGCUGUUUUUGUGAAGGCCACCACCCUGCAGAUGAACAAACAUAUUACUGGGGCAAAAAGUGAUAUUAUUUACAUUCGCACACACCCAUCAUUGCCAUCAGUGCCCAAAGAGGCCCGUGCAUUUGCCAACUCUUCAACCAAGCUGAUGGUGAAGUGGUCACCUCCAGUCUUCCCCAAUGGCAAUCUGACUUACUACUUAGUGCGUUGGCAGCAGCAGGCUGAAGACAGAGAGCUCUACCAGCACAACUACUGCUCCAAAGAGUUAAAGAUCCCAAUCCGCAUCCCAGCAACAGAGCUCACAGACAUGGAAGACAGCACGAAGCCCACCAAGUCUGUGGUGAUUUGGGGAGAACAGCCUUGCUGUGCUUGCCAGAAGACACCUGAGGAGAAGGACAGAGAGAAGGAUGACCGUGUCUUCUUAAAAGUCUUUGAGAACUUUCUCCAUAAUGCAAUUUUUACUCCAAGACCAGACCGUCGACGCAGAGACCUUUUUGGCAUCGCAAACAACACACUGUUUCAGGAGGGUGACCGGGGCAACACAUCUCUUGGCCCUGGAGAUAACAGCACAGAUGGCAUUCCUCCUGCAGUAGAGUUUCCCUUUUUGGAGGACAAGAGUUUCACAGAAUAUUUAGAGAUCCCCAGGCUGCAGCCUUUCACCGUCUACCGUAUUGACAUCCACGCCUGCAAUGAGGUGGUGGGCCGCUGCAGUGCUGGAGCUUUUGUGUUUUCAAGGACCAAACCUGCUGCAAAGGCAGAUGAUAUCCCCGGAAAGGUUGUCUUUGAGAGGAGUGAGAAGGUUGAGGGUUGUGUUCUGCUACAUUGGCAAGAACCCACAAUGCCCAAUGGGCUUAUCCUGAUGUAUGAGAUCAAAUACCGUCUGGGGACUGAGCCUGAGAAACACGGCUGUGUGUCCCGGCACCAGUACCGUGAGCACAAAGGAGCUCGCCUGACCAACCUGAGCUCAGGGAACUACUCUGCUCGCGUACGCGCCAGAUCUCUGGCAGGAAAUGGCUCCUGGACAGAGAGCAUCUCCUUCUAUGUGCCUCCGCCUAAAAGAGAUGACGGAAUUACGUUCUAUUUGGUCAUCAUAAUUCCCAUCAUUGUGUCCCUCUUCCUUGCCAGUCUCGCUACCAUCCUCUUCUUUAUCAACAAAAAGAGGCAAGUUUUUUCUGUGAACACUACCUCCACUUUCUUGAUUCAGUUUAUGUGCUCGAAUAGCAACAGACUCGGGAAUGGAGUUCUUUAUGCUUCUGUCAACCCCGAGUACAUCAGUGCUGCUGAGAUGUACACCCCAGAUGAGUGGGAGGUGGCCAGAGAGAAGAUCACCAUGCAUAAAGAACUGGGUCAGGGAUCCUUUGGCAUGGUGUACGAAGGCAUGGCAAAGGGUGUUGUCAAGGACGAACCUGAGACACGAGUAGCCAUCAAGACGGUCAAUGAGUCUGCCAGCAUGAGGGAGCGCAUCGAGUUUUUGAACGAGGCGUCUGUUAUGAAGGAGUUCAACUGUCACCAUGUGGUGCGGCUGCUUGGUGUGGUCUCUCAGGGACAACCAACCUUGGUGAUUAUGGAGCUGAUGACCCGAGGAGAUCUCAAGAGCCACCUGCGCUCUCUGCGCAAAGAAAACAACAGCAGCCACGUCCUGCCCCCACUCAAAAAGAUGAUCCAGAUGGCAGGGGAAAUUGCAGACGGUAUGGCUUACCUAAAUGCCAACAAAUUUGUUCACAGAGACCUGGCUGCCAGGAACUGCAUGGUAGCGGAGGACUUCACAGUGAAAAUUGGAGAUUUUGGCAUGACCAGAGACAUUUAUGAGACGGAUUACUACCGUAAAGGAGGAAAGGGUCUGCUGCCUGUUCGCUGGAUGUCUCCGGAGUCCCUGAAAGAUGGCGUGUUUACCACAAUGUCUGAUGUUUGGUCGUUUGGAGUCGUGCUAUGGGAGAUAGCCACCUUAGCGGAACAGCCUUACCAGGGCAUGUCUAAUGAACAAGUGCUGCGCUUUGUCAUGGAAGGGGGACUCCUGGACAAACCUGAUAACUGCCCUGACAUGCUGUUUGAGCUGAUGAGAAUGUGCUGGCAGUAUAACCCUAAGAUGCGUCCGUCCUUCCUGGAGAUCAUAAGCAGCAUCAAAGAAGAACUAGAUCCUAACUUCAGUGAAAUGAGCUUCUUCUACAGCGAGGAAAACAAGCCGCCGGACACAGAGGAGUUGGAUAUGGAGGUAGAAAACAUGGAGAACAUUCCACUGGACUCUGUAUCCACAAGGCAGCCUUCUUCUGCCCUCGUUUCCUCGUCUGGUUGUAUAGGAGGUGUGUCGCCUCCUUGCACGCAGCAUUUAUCCCCCUUGCAAGGCCCCAGUACGCCAUUACUUGGACCUGUAUCUCUCUCAGCCCCAGGCCAAGUAGCCUCGGCUGUGUCGUCUCCAGGACAAGCCUUGGAAAAGCACUCGGGACAUGUGUCGGCCAACGGGCCCGUUGUGAUGCUAAGGCCUAACUUUGAUGAGUUGCAACCUUAUGCACACAUGAACGGGGGAAGAAAGAACGAACGGGCAUUGCCACUGCCCCAGUCGUCAGCCUGCUGA